AUGAGCAAAGAACAGGACAGGAGAGGUGCGAUCCUGGAAUCACUGCGCGCCGGGAAGACCGCCAAGGAGAUUGUGGAUUGGUUUGGCUACUCAAAAACGCAAGUUUACGAGAUAGCCAAAACCUAUCGAGAGGCGGACAACAAGGACGACGUUACUUCGGACCGGGCAAGUUACAGCAAGCGAUCUGACCGGAAGCGGACUGGUGAAUUCAUCGAUCAGUUAAAGGAUCGGAUUGACCAGAGUCCUGGAACCAGUAUGGCAAAGUUGGCCAAAGAUAUGGGCGUACAUCGUGCAACAGUGAGUCGUGCAGUUCACCAGGAUCUGCAUUAUAAAUCGUAUGUACUACGGAGGCGACAAUUGCUGACGGACGCCAUGAAAGUCAACCGGAAAAUCAAAUGCCAAGCACUGCUAAACGACAUUAAGCACGAGAGCGCCCAUCAUCUUCGAUUCUUCACCGACGAGAAAAACUUUAUUCAGGACAGAAAGGUCAACCGCCAAAACGAUAGGUGGAUUUGCGAGGACGCUUCCGAUGUGCCGACGGUCAUGCAUACGAAGUUCCCUGCGUCGGUUAUGGUUUUGGGCGUCGUCAGCAGUGACGGAGACGUGAUGCCGCCGUAUUUCUUUGAGCAGGGACUCAAAAUCAACGCGGCGGUGUACAUCCACGUGUUAGAGACGGUCGUUAAACCGUGGAUGGACCGUGUGGCCGAUGGACGUGAAUACGUCUUCCAACAGGAUUCUGCGCCAGCCCACAAGGCGAGAGUCACGCAAGCAUGGCUUCAUACCAAUGUUCCUUAUCAUUGGUCGCCGGACUUGUGGCCGCCCUCCAGCCCAGAUUGCAAUCCGCUGGAUUACUACGUGUGGGGCGUAGUAGAGGCAGAGAUCGCGGAUUUCCGCGGAGAAGAGCUCGCGCUGAAUCCGUCGGAGCCAGAAUAUUCGAGCGGCCUCGAACUCACGUGCGGAUAA